UCCGUGAGCGCACGUCGGACGCCGCCAUUGUUACUGUGCCUCGGCCGCGCCGCACCGUCGCCGGAGAGACGACGCACGGGCGUACGUCGUGGUGUCACCGAACGCGUCUCGCGCGAGAUCACCGGAGCAAGUCGACGUGUCGUCAUCGCCAUCGUCGUCAUCGUGUCAGCGUCGUGGUCGCGUCCGCUGCGCUCGCCUCGAGACCAUCUCGCUGCGUUUCGCUCGGUACGUCUCGGCGCCGUCGAGGCUCGUCGAGAGGGUGGGAGCGAACGAGUGAGCGAGAGAGACAGAGAGUGAAAGGGGGAGAGAGAGAGAUAGAGAAAGGAAGAGCGAAGCGCCCUGGCCACUCGCAAAGGAUCGCCCUGCUCGACGUUCCCUUCUGUCCGUGUCACCGUUCUGCCCGCGUCGAGGCCAACGACGACCGCGCGGCGUCCCGACCGAUGCCCCGUCGACGGAUUCAAGCCGGUGGUGCGGCCGUGUUGUGCAACGUACGGUGUUAGUGCAUCAUGUGAUUGCUUCUGCACCAGGGUACUCUCUUGGCCACGGUGACGGAUACUAACGCGUGAAGGAUGCAGGAACUGGCAUUCCCACGUCGGAAAGGGAUCCUCGCCCCGGUGUCGGUGUUGGUGUUGCUGGUACUACCAUUGGUCGAUUUACCCUCCGCAAACGGAUCUUGCGAUUUUCCAUCGAUUUGGGCAGGGGAAUGGUACCAGUAUGGCAAGUCACUGUUCGUUAUAAACACGACCCUCUUUGGGGAUAGAACAUGCGUCGAAUCACAGGAAGACAAAUACGUCGUGUAUUUCAGCGGUGAGAGCUGUUACCACUGUAUGAUUAUCAACAAACGGCAUGAUAAUGUGAUCCAGUAUCGCGAAGGCUGGUGCAGCCCGGAUCGAAUGAGUUUGGACGACAUGUGCAACAUGAUGACCUCGGACGACACGCUCUACUCGAUAUUCCGCAUCAACUACAAGCCGAUACCCUGCCCGUUCAUAGGCGCGUCGUUCACGUUCACGUACAACCGCGGCUACGGCGAGUGCACGAUGCCCAUCAGUCUCGCGGAGAAGUGCACCGACGAGAGCAAGCUUCUGCUCAAGUAUCAAGCCUGCCCGGACGUCGAGGGGACCGAGAGCAACACGGAGGAGUUACAGUGCCUCGCCGUGUGGAACGACGGCCGAAAUAAAUACUUGGUGGGGACCUUGAAGGGGAGGAACGCCUUGGGCAACAGCAGGACCUACAGGUGUUUUUUAUACGAGGAGAAGGCUCAUCAUCAGGGAAAGAUCUAUCUGCUCGCCCAGUCCGGCGACCCGACUUGCAACGGCCUAACCACCGUCUCCGAGGGUUCACCCACCAUAAAAUUCACUAAAGUCGACAAAGAACACAAGUGCAAGUACCCGGCCUGGGUGACCCAGCAUCACGACUGGCACUCGCUCGACGGCACGAAAGUUUAUCACUUCACCAACAAGAACGCCACGCUGAAAAUCAAGGCACAAUCGCAGGACGCCGACGGGGAGACGCUGCACGAGGAGAAAAUCGUCUGUCACAAUUUGGAGCAAUUGUAUCCGAACGACAACAUGCAGGGCAACAAAGUGAAGCUGAUCGCGCAUGUCACCAGCGGCUGUGACAUCGGAUACGUUUGCAUGAUAUUCCACAAAAGGGAUAGUCACAUUAUCGAGAUUCAGCAAUCAGACCAAAAAGCAAUUAUGCCGGACGAAGCGUGCUCGAUCUCGGAUCCCUCGACAAUGCCGUACACGACCCUAAUAACCACGUUUCUGCAUCAGAGGAAAUGUCCUAAUCCGGGACGGUACGAGAUUCUGGAUUUCGCACCGUCUCAUGUGCUGUCGGCCGCCGCGCCGAGACGACAGCGGCGCAGCGAGUUGUCCAAGACGACCAAAAGGCGGACUUGGCAGGAAAAUAUGGAGGAUGAAGAGUGUAGGAGCACGCAUAUUCAAGUGGGCUGCACGUCGUCCGAGCAGACCGAGAUGAUAAUCGCCAACACGUGCGAACAUGAGGAGAUAGACUAUUACUGCCACGGCAGCUGGGAAGAGAAAGGCACGUGGUACACGGUCGCGUCGCAGAGAAACUCCGAAUUCCCGAUCGGCCUAGGCGAAACGUACUGUUUCACCAUGCGCCAGGAAGGCGUCAGGGACAAAGCUUCGGGGAGAAACGGUAGACUGAAGCAACAGGAGCAAGAACUGUGGUUGUCGAGGCCAUCGCAUAUUUGUCAGAGAGAAGCCAAGGAGGAAUGGACGUAUAGGUUGUCGAGUCAAGGUGUGUGCGAGGACUUAACGAAGGCGGCUUCGAGCGUGGCGUCUACCCCGUCGUCGUCGUUAACUUCGCUUCUGUUUACCUUGUAUGCAGCAGCUUACAUCGCCGCUAAUACGCUCCGCGCAUUACUCUCGAGAUGAUCUGCAGCUAUUACGUAAGGGUUACUGUCUCGAGGUAUACUGUAAUUUCCAGCACGGAUUCUCAGGUAUUGCGUGUUACUGGAAGUGCGUGUGUGUUGUAUAUAUAUAUGUAGCUCACAGUUUGAUAGCUAUCGAUCGACCACGAGCUGUCGAUACGUAAGAAACGCGACGUGAGAACCACGCGCAGCUUAACAUCCAUUAUCGACAAUAUCAUUUCCGUUCUAUUGACGCAGCAAGCCUAAUUACGCUAAAACUACGAUCGCCGUUACUCCCGACUGUGGAGACGCGAGAGGGAAGGAAAGAGAGAGAGAGAGAGAGAGAGAGAGAGAGAACAAAGAGAGAGCCGUACACUGUUUCCUCGAGUGUUGUACGAUUAUUUUUUACGAUAUAUUACUUUUGUGCAACUCGCGAAAUCGCGUUACGCGUCAGAGACUCUAGGCGCGCUCUAGAUUCCGGCGUUUCUUUCCGGCGUAACGCGCAUCACGUACAAGCUAAUUUUACUGCCAGAUUCGUUGAUUGAUCAGAACGACGGCUUACUACACUGGUGGGUUUGCGCGGAUAAUUUACGAUCGCUCGCGUGCUUUCCGUUCGAUCUCGUGCGAGAAAAGGAGAGCGGCGAUAUUCAGGGCUGGGACCAAGAAUCUUGAAUGGAAGGUACACAAUGGAAGGUCUCCCUGCGGGAGACUCUGUGCGAAAUGCGACUCUGAAAUAUCGAGACGCAUCCUCGCAGGAUGCUCGGGCGUGACGAUGCGAUAGAUAAGUGGCGCGAACGAGCUCUCACGUUUAGAAACUCGGAGCGUACACUCGGAGAGACGUCAUCCCAGCUCUGAUAUAUCAUCGAGCGGAUAACGAAAGUGUGUAAUUUAACGCGACAGAGCCUCGUAUCACGACCACUUCGGAGUACUCGAAGACUCACGUGUAUAUUCUUACUAAGUAAUCGCGCUAACUGUAAAUACGACCAGGGUAUAAGUAAUCGAGAUUUCAAUUGGUUAUUUUCGAGCGAGGCGCGGGACACGAUUAUUAUGUAAUUACAGUCCGGCCGCGGCGGCACAGGUUGAACAGAGGUGUACUUGGAUUUUAUGUAACGGCAAGGGACAUAGGUUUUAUCCUUUAGCUAAUAUGCGACAGUUGUACAUAAUAUAUAAUUGAGAUAUUGUAUAAAGACUGUUUCUAAAAGAGUAACAAGUAUAUACCGCUCACACGAUUGCAUUUCGUCGUCGGAGGAAGUGCGUGCAUUUUCGAAGACAUUCUCGAGAUCGGCCUCGCAAUCGAAGGUCCGCGCCGGGCGCGACGGCACUCGUGUCGCAAAGUUCGCAAGUUCUUCGCGAGUUUAGCGAGCGCUUGGAAGUCAAAAGUGGAUCGCGAAUCGGCUGUGCACGAAUGUGAAAUUCACACGACGGGCGAAUCGAUGUGGAAAUUGAUCAAGAGCUCGUAGAUUUCCACCGAAACGCCCCCCGCGAAGUAAUCUUGUUAGCAUCUUCCAUUUUUGCAAGUGGUUUGCAAAUCUACUUGGCUACACUAGAGAGACCCGAACGUUAGAUACUUUUAGAUCCUAAAAUUGCAGUCACGCGGUGCAGCUUCUCGAAAUUUGGAGGUAAAGAAUCUCAUCGCUCUCUGUUCAACCAGUCGAGAACUUGCGAACUUUGUCGUGACGUGACUCACGACGUAGCCGGCCAAAUGAAGUGGCGCACCCGCGGACCUCUCAGGACGCGUAUUCGUCGCGUGCAAACAUAGUGCUUUUGCAUCUCUAACAUAGAGUUAGUGGAUGUCGGAAACAGAUCGAUCACGCAUCUCGCUAUCUCCCGUUCGUCAUCGACGAUACGACUUCAAGACACGUGUCUCGGGCCCGUAUUAUUAGCUUUUGCUUGAAACUCGUCUCAAGUGAGACACUUAAGCUCGUAUUAAUAGUUGUUAUUUGAAACUUGUUUUACGUAAAAAAUACUCAGAUCUAAGUCUCUACUAAAUCUAGCAUUCAAACUUAAGUCUGGUUCUAAAUGAAAAUCGUCUUACCUGAAGCAAGUUUCAAGUAACGACUAUUAGGGCCUUCACACACAAAUUGCCGCAACCGUAACGUAAGACAUGCCGUAAGAAUUGACCAAUUACGAUCGAGUAUUCAUCAAAAUGGUGACCUUACGGUUUGACGAUUCUCAGGGUGAAGUCCCAUGGAACGUAUUUUCGCGUAACGCGUAACUGCGUAACCAGUCACAUUUUUCUAUUCUUUUAGAAGUUUCAAUAGAAAUACUAAACGUCGAAAUCUAUUGGUCACGCGUUUACGCGAUACGCGGAAAAUACAUGCCAUGGAACUCCAGCCUCAAUGUGAUUGGUCAAUUCUUACGGUACGUCUUGCGUUACGGUUACGGCAAUUUGUGUGUGAAGGCUUUUAACACGACAAAUAACCUUAGACUCGAGUCCAGAAUUUUAUGAAAGAGAAUCCUGUUGAAUCGCAAGAUUCAACGGAAUGCAGAUACCAAAAUGUCACGUAUAUCAUAUUGUAAUUGAACGGAAAAACUUUGAUCUGAAUAAGAAUCUCUAAAUAAGAAUCUGAGUGCCUCACAAGUGGCUGAGACAAGUUUCAUCGAGUAACAACUGUUAAUACAGGCCUCGGAUUCGGACGCGCGGUUGCUUCGAUUCCCGGUCGUCGACGCGUCCCGAAUUGUGCACGAUGCUUGUGGCGGGUUCGUGUAUCGCGAUGAGGAAUUUCUUCAGGGCACCGAACAGUCCUUCUUUCCCGCAGCUUAAUCUACGAGAAGAUCGCUCGCGCGACUGCAUACGGUGUACGUGCGUAAUUAACGACGGUUGGGAAGUGUAGCUUGCACGCGAUUUCCUUGCUACUGCAUUCUCACGAAUUGAUAUCGAACGCAUUUUCAACCAACCCCAUCCGAGGGGUUUGGUGAAGCAUCAUACCGCGUAUCAUAAUCCGAUGACUUCGAGUAAUAUCGUUUCCGUUUUCCUCAUAUCUUCGCGCGUUCCCUGCGGCUUAGUAUGGUACAACUCUUCUGCGAGAGAGUUUAAACGCAUCUUUCCUGAUGAAAUUAGCAGCGCAUCAAGUAGUCACGAUUGUGAGCCGCUAUUCAUGAGUCAGCGUGGUAAUCUGUCAUGACCUAACUCUGGGUAUUCUUAUUAUUUCCGUCUUUAAAUGCGACUAUUUAAAACUUUAGCAUGAAAAAAUAUAUGUAGCUAUUCUAUACUUUGCAUUAUUAUUUAUUGCAUUAUGGCUCUCGUCCAAACCGAUUACUAUGCGAGCCAGUGACUCGUAACUGUAAUCAUCUGACGCGCUUUAAACUUUAUGGUAACAGAAUGUGUUUAGACCGCCUCGCAAACGAGUGUAGUCGACUUGUGCGAAUAUUUGAUCGCGUGGUCGUUCUUCGACUGUCCAAAACGUGGAAUUUGUACAGAUUCGAGUAUCACAAGCAGAGAUAAUAGCAUAGUAAACCCAUGCGAUAUCGCUGUGACGGGAGAGAGAAGUCGAGAAUGCGGUCCAACACGAAGAAGUGAGAGAGAGAGAGAGAGAGAGAGAGAGAGAGAGAGAGAGAGAGAGAGAGAGAGAGAGAGAGA